AUGCCUUUGAAAUUAUAUUAUGCUACAUUCACUGACGCGCCCCGAAUUGCCGAAAUCUAUAUGGCUGCAUUCGGAUCGAAUGCUUUGUUAUGCGCACAGUUUCCUACACCGGCCGUUCGCGCUGCGCUCCAGGUCGCUAUCGAUGUGCUUGUUAUUCGAGAUCUAAGGGAGAAGGAUGAGGGAGGCGUCAGUAUGCAAGAGGACGAGGUAAACGGCAAAGUGAUCAGCUUUUCGAAAUGGGGCCAUCCAGUUCACGAGGGCGAAGAUAACACUGAGCCCAUGUGGGUUUGGCCUGAGGGGUCAAACAUUAAGCUUUUGGACGAAUGGGCCCACAAGACAGAUGUUGCAUAUAAGGUUGCGUUGGGACAGACGCCGUGUUAUCGUCUUAGCUUCCUUGGCACAGAUCCCCUAUACGAAAGGCGAGGUGCAGCAUCGUUAAUGCUUCAAUGGGGCAUUAAUCAAUGCAAGAAAGACAAUGCUUUGGCGUACUUGGAAAGUACUGUUGAGACAAGACCACUAUACGAGAAAAAUGGAUUUGUACGAGUAGAAGCACUGUCUACGUCUAUAAAUGGAUUGUUGGGAGAUGGGUCAUCGAUGUUUUAUAAGGAGAUUUGUUUUCUUUUUCAGGCACCAUUCUAA